GCUCUACAACUUCACGAGGCUCUGUCGGCAGGAUGGAGCCACGCUUCAACCAACCCUAUCAGCUGAUCAAUCUACUCAUGGACAUCGAUGAGCUGCUCAUCAAAUGGAGAAAUAACCACGUGCAGAUCGUGCAGCGCAUGAUCGGCUCGCAGCAGGUGGGCACGGGCGGCUCGUCCGGCUACCAGUACCUGCGCGCCACCGUCAGCGACCGCUACAAGGUGUUCCUGGACCUGUUCAACCUGUCGACGUUCCUGAUACCGCGCCAGUACGUGCCACCGCUCAGCCGCGCCAUGCAGUUCCGGCUCUCCCACUCCAUCUCGAUGGGCACGAGCGAGGCGCACGAGUUCCUCUGCGACGCCGGUCGCGACGACGACUCGAGCAGCGAGGAGGCAGAGAGCGCGCCGGGCCCGGUGUCGUAGCCGGCCGGCCGCGCGCGGGCGGGCAGCACCGUGGCGCGCGCUGG